AUGGUGCAGAAACGAGAAUCUCAGACGAUAGAGAACCCAUUUAUCAAGCCACAAAACCGAGAAUGGUCCAUAGCUGCCCCAGCAUCCCUUAACGCGCCUGUCUCCCCUCCCCGAAAACGACGCCGCCAUAGCUCUCCAGCAAGCGCGCAAGCGGAGCCUAGAAGCUUGCCAACCGCAGCGUCAAGCCCUCUCCUCGCUGCAAUUGAAGCCGGUGAGGCUCGCAUAGAUGACCACCUGCAAGUGUUUUCCUCCCGCCUUCGCGCCGCGACUCGAGACCGGGUGCCUCUAGUGCCCCGUCUUCGACAUUCGGAAUGGAUUGAGCUUUAUCAACGAAAUCAGCAUCCGCAUGGUAGACAUUUUGUGAUCCAUCAGCACGACCAUCCUGUCGCGGGCCCACAUUAUGACCUGCGCCUCCAGUUCUCGGAGACGAGCUCGUUGAGUUUCGCGAUCAUGUAUGGGCUACCGGAAUCGGCAUCGGCAAGUUCUGGGAGCAUGAUAAUCUGGGAUACGGGAGAGUAUUCUAUACUUCCAUACUACACGCCGAAGGAGCAAGUUGAAACGGACUGUUCUCACUCAAAUUCCAGCGAUAUAUCCUCCGUCAUUGACGAAGUCGAUAUGUCGGAGAGUGACAAGUUGAAGCAGGCUUUUCAACAGCGAAAAAUUCGCUUAAGGCUACAAGGAACCCGCUUGCCUCCGGGGUACACAGUGACUCUACGACUCACCACAGAUAACGAUGCCUCCGAGCAGCCCAAGAAGCCGGUUAGACAAAGGCGGAUUGCCGCUUCGCGUGUUAGAACAACGACUUCUACGCCGCCUUCCUCUGGUGAGAACGAUGAGGAGCCAUUCAAUAGAACAACUCCUCGCGGAAACAAUUUUGCAAACCAUUCCGACGGAGAGGACGAAAAGGUUCGAAUUACCAACGCUUACCCUGGUGCAACCAAUUCAAUUUCGUCGAUCCAUCAGAGAAGGUGGUAUCUAUCGCUCGACCGUGUGAAUUCGGGGUUUGCGCGCCGUUUUGAUGCUUCGACUGGGAAAUAUCUUUGGGAGAGGAAGCAAGCUGAAGAUUCCAAGGGGGCGGUUCGACAGUCAGGGUUCGAGCCGUUUUUCGUGCGUGGGCCAGAGGUUGAGCGGAGUGUUGUCACAGGGCGUCUGGGGCGUGAUGUUUUGGAGGACGAAGGAGUUGAAAAGUUCGUAGGACGCAGAGGUUGGAGACCUGUUCUCAACUAA